AUGAUCAAAGCUCUCAUUAUGAUGGCCGACUAUGGCCACGACCCGACAGAGACUGCGAUUCCCUAUGCAUCGUUUCGGGCCGCAGGCUUUGAAGUGAGCUUCGCUACGGAAAGCGGCGUGUCACCGCGAUGCGAUGCAAGAAUGCUCGAGGGCAUACUAGCGAUUGGAACCUCGCGAUCAGUAAAAUCCAAAUAUGCGUCCAUGGCGGCCUCGCAGGAAUGGAAAAACGCUCUAAGCUGGUCUGCUAACGAGUUCGAUCUUUGUGCCUACAAUCUCGUCUUCUUCCCUGGAGGACAAGAUCAGUCGAUUCGACAGCUCCUCGACUCAGUAUCCGUACACAAACUGCUGCAAGCAUACUUCCCGAUGACUAGGAAGCCCAGCGCGAAUGUCGUUGGGGCCAUAUGCCACGGCGUCAAGGUUCUGGCCGACACGAACAACGACUCCGGACAUAGUAUUCUCCAUGGCAACGUCACUGCAGUCUUGCCGUCAUUUUUUGAACAGCUGGCCUUUCAAUCACUGAGACCAUUCGUGGACGGGGAUUAUUGCAAGGUGUACGGAGCCGAGAGUGAGGAUCUCGAACAUGCGGUGCAAAAAAAGCUGCAACAUGGAACUGAUUUAAAGACUAGUUGGAGCCUUUUCCCUUUCGUGGUUGAGAAUGACGACUUCAACUAUAUUAGUGCCGAAGGUGUCUGA